CCUCCCCAUUGUUUCAUACUCAGCUUUCCUCUUUACACGUUAAGUGAGAAAGUUAACAAACAAAAAAAGAAGUUGAGAGAAUUAUCAAAAAGAAAUUGUCUAAAGAAAAAAUGAGACUGUUGAGCGUCAGAUCGAACUCAGAAGAUGUGGCGAUGCACGCAACGUCAGGAUCGUCUUCAGCUUCCGUGAAUCACGGUACGGUACCGCAGUCGCCGUGGCACUCACCGGUUCCAUACCUCUUCGGCGGUUUAGCGGCGAUGCUUGGACUCAUAGCCUUUGCUCUUCUUAUCCUCGCCUGCUCUUACUGGCGCCAUUCCGGCGAAGAAGGUGGUCGGAACGGCGGGGAAGUGGACGAAGAGAAAGAGAGUCGGUCUGGGGACAAGGUGGCGAGCGGAGCAUACGAGGAGAAGUUUCUAGUCAUUAUGGCCGGAGAAAAUUUGCCGAGGUUUCUCGCGACGCCGACGGUGAAAAAGUGUACGUGCGGUGUUCAGGAGGGUAAAAUGGUAAUUUCUCAGGAGGAUAAUGUUGUUGCUGAAGAGGAGAAGCAGAUGGGAGAAGGUGAAGCGAAGGUGAAAGAUACAGGAGAACCAACAACAAGUCACUAAGCUUUGUUUUAAUUAACGUCUUCUUUGUUUCUUCUUCUUUUUGUGCGAGUUCUCUAGAGAAAUUUUCCUUGUUGUGAUUCCUAGGAAUGUAAAUUUUACUGUAGAGCAAGAUUUUGGGGUUUUA